CCCCCCUCCUACCCCACCCCCACAAUAUAAAUCCACUUCAAAGAAAUUCUUGAAUUUGUUCAGUUUUUCUGAAAUCAAGAAUGAUGGGUAAUAGAGAUCUGGAGAGGGAAGGUGGAACAAAACCAAUAAAUGGGAGUUACCAACCACCCCCCACAACAGCAGCACCUUAUUAUAUGGAAAAUUCUGAAUCACAGUGGACUUCUUGGCUAGUCCCUAUGAUUGUUGUAGCCAAUGUAGCUAUGUUUAUUGUCGUCAUGUUUGUUAACAAUUGCCCAAGUAAUAUCAAUAAUUUUGGCAGUGGUGGACGACGCCAGUGUGUUGCCAGGUUUCUUGGGAGGCUUUCUUUUCAACCUCUUCAAGAUAAUCCACUUUUUGGACCCUCUGCAUCCACACUACAAAAUUUGGGAGCUCUAGAAUGGGAUAAAGUAGUCCACGGACAUCAGGGCUGGAGGCUUUUCACUUGUAUCUGGUUACAUGCUGGUGUUGUUCAUCUGCUUGCCAACAUGUUGAGUUUGGUAUUCAUUGGAAUUCGCCUUGAGCAGCAGUUUGGAUUUGUCCGGGUAGGGAUUAUCUACCUUUUGUCAGGAAUUGGUGGGAGUGUUCUUUCUUGCCUUUUCAUUCAACGUAGCAUCUCCGUUGGAGCUUCUGGUGCUCUAUUUGGACUUCUCGGAGCAAUGUUAUCGGAGCUGCUUACUAACUGGAGUAUAUAUACCAAUAAGGCUGCAGCUCUUAUCACUCUCAUUAUCAUCAUCGCGAUUAACUUAGCUGUUGGUCUUCUUCCUCACGUCGAUAACUAUGCCCAUAUUGGAGGUUUCAUGAGUGGUUUCCUUCUUGGCUUUGUUCUGCUACUACGACCUCAGUUUGGUUGGCUCGAAAGGCAACAUCUUCCAGCUGAAGGUCGCCUCAAGUCCAAGUUCAAAGCUUACCAAUACGUCCUCCUGCUGAUUGCCUCGAUUUUGUUGAUUGUCGGAUUCACAGUGGGAUUGGUGAUGUUAUUUAGAGGUGUGAAGGCAAAUGAGCAUUGCGAUUGGUGUCGUUAUUUAAGCUGUUUGCGUACAUCAAGAUGGAGUUGUUAAAAUUAACUGAAGAGCUUUAUGUGAUUCUGUCGUUCUUUUUACAUAUAGACAAAAAAACAUAUUUUGUUCAUAUGCUACUAUUAUAUUACUUUUAUAUGUAUAGUGAUUGUUGGUUUUGUAAUUUGUGGUAUGGAUUAUAUAUUGUAAAUCUCUAUACUAUUUGCAUUGGAUCUA